GGCUGCUGCCUCAGCGGGACGCAGGCUGAUGACGUGUCGGCGAGCGACUCCAGGAAGAAACUGAAGCAGGUGGAAGAGAAAGAAGCUUUGGAUCACACAGAUCAGCGUUGACCUGGAGGAGCAGUAAGGACCCAGGAGGAUGUCCCACAUCGGAGCUCUAGCUGCCAUUACAGUGGCAUUCACUGCUGCUGCCCUGCUUUCAUCCAUACACAAGAUAGAGGAAGGACACAUCGGGGUCUAUUAUAGGGGUGGAGCACUACUUACGUCGACGAGUGGACCCGGAUUCCAUUUAAUGUUUCCAUUUAUAACCUCCUUCAAGUCUGUACAGAGCACAUUACAGACAGACGAGGUGAAGAACGUCCCGUGCGGCACGAGUGGUGGAGUCAUGAUAUAUUUUGAUCGGAUAGAAGUGGUCAAUUUCCUCAUAUCUAGUGCAGUUUAUGAUAUAGUGAAGAACUUUACUGCAGAUUAUGAUAAAGCUUUAAUCUUCAACAAGAUCCACCAUGAGCUCAACCAGUUCUGCAGCGUCCACAACCUGCAGGAGGUCUAUAUAGAACUCUUUGAUCAGAUAGAUGAGAACCUCAAGCUGGCGUUGCAGCAAGACCUCAAUGAAAUGGCUCCAGGAUUAAUUAUCCAGGCUGUCCGAGUUACAAAGCCAAAUAUUCCGGAAUCCAUCCGCAGAAACUAUGAGCUCAUGGAGAGUGAGAAAACCAAGCUCCUCAUUGCUGCACAGAAACAGAAGGUGGUGGAGAAGGAAGCAGAAACGGAGAGGAAAAAGGCAGUAAUCGAGGCAGAGAAAUUGGCCCAAGUUGCCGAGAUUAAAUAUGGACAGAAGGUUAUGGAGAAAGAAACUGAGAAGAGGAUUUCUGAGAUUGAAGAUUCUGCUUACCUAGCUCGAGAGAGGGCGAGGGCCGAUGCGGAAUUUUACACAGCACAGAGAUUAGCGGACUCCAAUAAGCUUAAAUUAACCCCCGAAUACCUACAACUUAUUAAAUACCAAGCCAUCGCUGCCAACAGUAAGAUCUAUUUUGGAAACGACAUCCCAAACAUGUUUAUGGAGACCAGCCCUACAAGCACCCAUGCCCAUUCAGGUGACCUACCUCCGGAGGACCCCUUUAAGCUCAAAGACUCAAUUUUUUCUGAUGAACCCCAAUCGUGAGGACAUAAAGAAAAAGUUAUUUUGUUUUUACGAUUAAAAAAAAAAAAAGGAAAAAAUAUAUAAAAAUUGCGAAACUAAAUCAGCAUUUUUCUAUAGAUCUGCAGCCUCUAAAAUGAGCAUUGACGCGCCCUAGAUGAGGUUGUCUUUUCAGAUUUGUUUUUUUUUUUUGUAUGAUUUUUUUUUUUUUAACAAUAUGAAUGUUUGUGAUUAUUGUGUUGGAUGCUCAGGGUGCUCGGUGAGAUUUUUCCACUGAUGCGAUAUUACUAUAACACACUGUCCCUGACAGCACAUCACUGUGUGCAAAAUGCAGUGUGUGACAAAGAACAUACAGUGAUAA